AUGAGGAUGGGGACGCUGCUCGGCGCGGCCCUGGCCACGCUCCUGGCCGCCUUCCUCCUCGCGGCGGCCGCCGAGGACCACGUCGUCGGGGGCGCGGCGUGGCGCAUCCCGACGAGCCCCGGGCUGUACCGCGCCUGGGCGGACAACAGGACCACCUACGUCGGCGACAGCCUCGUGUUCAGGUUCGAGACGGGGUUCUACGACGUGGUGCAGGUGGGGCGGAGGGAGUUCGACGAGUGCACCGCCGACGACCCCUAUCAGCUCUACCGCACCGGGCCCGCCGUCAUCCACCUCGACUCCAAGGGCGUGCGCUACUACGUGUGCACCGUCGGCAACUACUGCUCCCUCGGCGUCAAGAUGUACGUCGUCGUCGAGCCACGCUAGCCUGCUCGUU